CAUUUGUAUGUUUGAAUGUGUGCUUUAAGUGUUUUGUAUUUUAAAUAUAUUUGUAAAGAGCAAUUGCGUCUACUGUACAGUGGGAAAUGCGCUAUAUAAAUCUGUAGUAUUAUUAUUAAUGCAGGUGACUGUUUUGUUUGUGAAACAGUAAUUAUUCACGGAAAUUCAAUAAAAUUAAUCAGGGAACUGCAAUGCGUCUUCAUUAUUCAAGAGCAGUGUGAUAUUUCACUUACAGCAAACAUGUAACCUCCACUAUACUGCAUCAUACACCCCAUUGUUUUCUGUCUUUGGCUGCAGCUCUGCUUUCUUUUUCAUUAGUGCCAUUUUUCCCUCCCCAACUCCCCGCUUCACACGUCAACCUUCUCGAGCCUUCCAGACGUCGGUGAGAGCUUUUGAUCUCAUAUUCCGGUUAAAAGUGAGCCUCCGGGGAGAAGAAUUAUGUGGACAAGCUUUACACUAGAAAGCCCUAAUAAAAAUCUUUCUUUUUUUUAUAAGGACGCAAUUUAUAAGAACCUAUUCGCUAAAAAUCCCUAAAAUCUACAAACUCAUAAGACCUAUAGGGACCGUUCGCGCCCUCCAAUAUUGCAUGGAUGGUUGCAUAAAUGGGUGGAUCUAUUAAGAAAGUGUAUCUCUUUUUGCUCUUCACGCUUUGGACUUGUCGCACGUAAGUCACUGUUUCCUCUCUUUCAGGUUACGUUACAACUGUUAGACCAGACCUGGGCAAGGGGAAGCCCGCGGGCCGCAUCCGGCCCGCCUCCUGUCUCUGACCGGCCCGCCCGCUUACUGUUUGUUUAUAAAGAGAUAGUAUAUAUACUGUAUUGGGUAAAAUUGAGUUAACUAUAUUAGUCCGGCCCUCUAAAACCAUCCCAAUUUCUCAUGCGGCCCCUUCGGAAAAUUAAUUGCCCACCCGUGUUAGACGCACUUUUUUUGAUGCUGGUCAAAACUUCUUCACCCCUCGGCUAAUUUGUUUCUUCUGUCUGACAGAUGACUCACCUCGACGAGGCUCCUCUUAAAACACAUUUUUACCUCCUCUUCCUGGCCCCCUUUCCCCUCCUCCCCUCCACUACACAUGAUACAUGCUUUGUGAGCAUCUCCUACGCUCGACUUUAUACCCUUUGACCUGCGCCAAAACAACGAGAAGCGACUCGUUCAAAUGUGUAGAGGUUGGCACACAUCGAAGAGCCAAAGCGCUAGGGUGUUUUUUUUUUUCUCAUCCUGCUCCGCGUAGGACUCGUCCUAUUCCAGAAAUUUCCAUCCUGACCACCGCACUCGUCGCCAUACAUAGCCCCCGACUCGACGAGUUUCUUUGCUUUGUAGAGCCACUUUGUUUUGGUUUGUUUUUUUAACUUUAUGAAUUGCCGUCCUUGGCAGUUAGCCUUUUCACAAAUCAACGACGGAAGGAAGCGGCGCUUAAGCUAGACACCUCUUAAAGUGCCGUGAUGGACAUCCGUCAUGCAGCUGCCGCGCGAUAGAGAUACCUGAAAUGACGGGCGCGGAAGACAGGCAACACGACUGCUUGCAACGCCGACGGGGGAUGACGAAGCCCUCCAGGUGCACGUCUAAGUGGAAGUGUAGUAACCCUGGGGAGAACCGUUGAGCGGCUAGUCCCAUCGAGCGUCCUGGCUAGUCUGUCGCCCUGCAUGUGGAUUUCGCUGUCCUGCGCGGCCAGUUUGACGAGUUCACUUGUUGCGGCUUUGUCUGACAAUGAACUGUCCGCCGAGUUGAAGGAUCUAUCUCACGGGACUGCAGGCAAACCUGUCAUAUGUUCACGACUAACUGAAUGCGCUGAACAGAUGCGUCGUCUGCACACAGGAUGCUGUGGCCAGCGUCCGUUGCUUUCCUGCUGCCCUGUGUGACGUCAAUAUUCGCCUGGCCCUUCCUGCUGGCCCAGGAACUCACAUACAGAGGCUGCGCAUACCGGGCAGUGGCGGGCAAGGAACAGGCUCUGUGGUUUUGCCUGGCGGAUAACCAGUGCGCCAUGUUCCACUGUCAGGACAACAACGUCUUCAGCUCCGACGACUGCGGAUGCGUGCCGCCCCGGACCAUCGCCAGCUCCUCCCAACGAGGGCAGCAGGCGUUACAGACGACGCUAGGAAGCUUCCGCAUGCCCAACGUUUCGGCGAUUCCCUUGAUCCCAACAUCCACGCCGGCCGUCCUGCUGUCGGGUGGUGGUGCCGUGAAAAAGUCAGAAAACCGUCAAGAAAUGGCCACUUGUGCAAGAGAAAUCCACAUCGAAGGUAUUUCAGUUCAGGGAACGGUUCUGGGGGAAGGUACGCAACCCCCUCACCAUGCAGACCUACGUGGCGUUGUUGCUGGAGACAAUGGCUCCGCCUAUUUUAAUGGCUACUCUUCUCUGUCCAUCCCGACCUACGCCAACGCCAAAUUCGACACAGGUGUCACGCUGGACUUUGUCGUAGAGGAAGGCAAUUCUAGACUCAGGCAGGUUUUGGUAACCAAUUGCAAGCAUGGUAAAGGGCCUUCGCUGGAGGUACUUCUCGAUGUGGAAUUAGGGGUGGUACUUUUCCAUUUAGCCUACAAAUUUAGAGUGGCUGCUAAUGCUGUUGAGAGCUCUCUACAGGUGGCUGUCCCCUACACGUUUCGUCAUAAUUUUCAGGCGACCGUCCCAAAGCGAGUGGUGAUGUCCUUUGAUGGCUACAAGCUGCGAGGAAGUGUGAAUGACAACGAGCGGGUUGUCACUGUUCAGGGAACUGGUGAUUACGUCGUUGCUCAGCGGACCAAGCCCCUUAUGUUUGGCAAUACUCUCUGUGAUGUUGAGGAUGUCUAUAGUUACAGAGGGCAGCUUAGAGAGAUUUCAGUAUACAAGUGUCCAAAGUCUUUAGGUGACCUCACACACUGAAGGCUAAUCGGCGUCAUCAGACAACAAUGCAGUGAGGAUGGCAUCAGAUCUGCGCUGGGAUACUUAGAACAGCUGGACGACAACUGUAAUGUCAGUUCUUGACUGUGCUGCCAUGACCAACACGUUGCUCUACCUCAUCUGUGAAAUGCAGCGUCAGCACUAAUUCUGUCUUGUCCUCUGACAAUUCUUAUUUCCCAAAGACGAAAUGUGUGUGUGGCCAAGCAGUCCUCCCUUGAAAGCCGGAAAAGGAGAGACUGGCAGUGAAGACUUUCCGUCAUUUCAGUCUCCUCACAAUUUUGCGUUUGCUCUCAAACGCCAGCGAAUUUUAAUAAUCUUAUUAGUAAAUUAUUUUCCUUGCCGUUAAGCCAUAAAACAAUCGCCGUCAACCACGUGUCUGUGUCACGUGAUGAGGCUACAGUCCGGGUGAUCUUUGAUUCAGGGUUUAUGCUGCGAUCAGGGCAGCUAAGGCUGACCUCUGGUUCAGCUGACUGGUGUAUUUCAACACAGUUUUGUUUCUAACCAAAGCUGACAAUGUAUAUUUAACAUUUUGUAUGUGAUCAACCCAGACGACUUUUACAUUAUCACAAGUCUACCUCUUCAUUGACUCCUCAUGAGGAUUCGUCAACCAUUAUUACCUCCUCGACAUUUUUUUGCUCUAGAAAUUUGUCUGGCACAACUCAUGCUAGGUCUAUCAAAAUAUCAUAUAAAGCUGUAACUCUUCAUGCUGGUGAAAAUAAUUAAUAGUGAUCGCAAAGUAAUUAAAUUAUUCAGCCUAAAGGGGAUAUGUCAAGAACUUGAAAAAAGCAGCGUCAUUGUGGCAUACACUACUAACGGCUAAAAGAAAAACAAAAUAGCGUUUACGUGGGACCUUUAACAAGCAUUUCAGUAGUUUCUGAAUAUAUUUGAAAAAUAUAUUCUCUUUAAACUAACGAGGAUUUUAAAAAUUUAGUUACAAAAAAGUAAUACGAUAAUCUGAUAAGCGAAUAAGGAAGGGCUAUACAACAACUUUUGUGAAUAAUGCAACAGGACAUACAAAUGGUGCAAAGUUUUCACUUUCAAAAUUCUUGGUCCGUGUACAGCGUCGUCGCAAAGUAUUUUGCCGUUAGUGGAAUUGUACUGUGUGGUGUGUGAUUAAAGACCAGACUUACCAGCAUUUAGCAAUCUUUGUUCUGUAAUGACCUCAGAUCCCGAACUACCAACAUAGUGUCUGGCAUUACUAAAGCAGACGACCCAUUAUCAAACAACUGUUUUAGCAUCAUCGCAUUGCAGACAUCGACGAAUUUCAUUAAUGAAAAAUGCAAGUGAAGUAACAAGUUAAGCUUAAAUGAUAAUGACGUUCUGAACUGUUUUCAUUCCAAGUUCUGGGUUUCAAAAGAACCGCUUACUUACUUUCCUGUCUAAAACAGCUUCGGCCCGUUUCGCGGAGGCCGCCAUGCUUCCGUAUUUCGUGGAGAACAACAAGCUGAUCCUAAUUCAUCAUCAAAUAUGUGACUGGGCUCGACAGAUUUUUUUUUUUUUAUUUGGCAUGAAAGUCAUAAAAUAUUUCCGAACAUAGUCACGUAUUGGACGAUAUACUUUAGAAUGUCGUUAAAGGGUCUUUCAUAAAGACAAUCAGUUGUCUGUCACUCUGUUACCACUUGGUUUAUUUAUAAGAAAGAUGCUUUUAUAUCACGAGAUUGCUUUGGACUAUGAUCGGGAUAGUGGAGGGGGGGGGGAAGCGGAUGUAUAAUAAACUGAUAUAAAACUACAGUACCUAGAGAAAACUGACAACUGUUACCCAUAUGAACAGGUGUCACAUCACUAAGAUGAACUCUGUGAUGACAAGAAUCGUUUUAUAACGAUACUAUCUGAUCACUCCUUGGUAUGGGCUAUCAGGCAUUGCAGUUUUGGAAGACUGAUUUCCAGUUUUGGUACCUUGUCGAUAACUGGAAAUCACUUAAAUUACUUCUAGACAGGGAAAGGUACCAAAUCUUUCAAUCCUCCUAAAUUCCCUGAAGUUCCAUUGUAUUGGCAAAUGCACUUGCAAACAAGUUCGGAAUUGGCAUGAUGGCCAAAGUUUCCAUUUCCGAAACGUUCACCUCAAAAUCACUGACUUUUUGUGAUCAUCAUACACAACUUUGCCGAACUUGGUCAAACUUUCAACGACAUUUGCCCGGUAAGGAAUGGCUUUUAGACAUUGUACCGAUCUGGUAUUCACUCUGGUAAUGAGUCGGCUCAUUUUUACUCGAAGCUUUUUUUUCUAUUUGUUAUCUCCUCUAAUAGGUUUUACCUCCUUCACCUUCGCGACCUCGAGCCAACGAAACCGUUAACAAAAUCACCCUCUUGUCAGACCCAAUAAAAAAAUUCCAAUGUCCUUUUUAUUUUCUGUCCUUUACUAACUAUAAUCAUUUCCCCAAUGUUUAAGCAAAUAAGAGACCACGGGUAUCAACCUUGUUAUCAACCUUUGUCUUCGAGAAAGCAAAAACGAAAAUUGAAGGAGAGAGUUUCUUUAAGUCCGGAACUCUCUCAACCUGACUCCAUAUGCCGCCACGACAGUGAUAAAGAGAGGAACCUCUUCUAUGCAUUUUAUUUCUUUCACUCUGCUGGUUCAGAAGUUACAGUUUGUUUUCAUAUGUUAAUGGAAAAAAAUUUGCAUCACAUUUAUCAUAAAACAUUUCUUUGGAGAAA